AAAUCAGAAUAAAUGCAAUUAAUUUUAGCUUUCGUUCUGUGAACACGUUAAAAAAGCAGGUCUUAACGGAACAAUUGAACAGUUAAAAAUAUAAUUAUUUCCAAGGUUAACCAUUAAUAUAUUUAACAAUUAAUUAUUUUAUUUUAAAAAUUUGUCAAAAUGCCUGGGGUACCUCUUGCGAGACGUUCCACUGGAACAAAAAUUAAAGGGGAACUCUUAAAGUCACCAGAUAUCAAAAAUGCUCCAAUUAAAUUUAAUAGUCGUAAUGUCAAUAAAUACAUCAAGGAAUUGAUAACUGAACCAAAGGGAAAACUGAGUAAGGAACAACAAGCAACCAAAAAGAAACUGGAAGUUUAUUUAGCAGAGCAGAUGCUGAAAAGUGAUAAAAGUUCGAAUACUAAGAAAUCGGCUAAACCCAAAAAAGCGCCAGCCAAAAAGUCGAGCGGUGGAAAAGCAAAAUCUAAAAAGAAAAGUAGUUCAGACGAUGAUGAGUCGUCAUGUCCGUCGGACUGCGAAUGCAAAUGUGGCAGCUCUGAUGAUUCGAGCAGCAGUUGCAGUUGCAGUGAUUGCUGUGGCAGUGAUGACAGCAGCAGUUGCAGUUGUAGUGAUUGUUGUGACAGUGAUUCGGAUGACAGUGAUGAUAGUUCCAGUGAGGAGGAUACCAGUUCGAGUGACGGAAGCUAUUUAGAGAGUGAAUUCAAUUUUGCUUCGGAUACAAGUGACAGCAGUUUAUUCAAUAACUCUGAUAGAAGUAAUUCUUCACUCAGUAAUAGUUCAUCAAGUUCUGAAGAGAGUAGUGAUAGUACAUCAGUUUCUGAAGAAAGUAAUGAUAGUACAUCAGUUUCUGAAGAUAGUGACAGUUCCAGAUAUUAAGAAAUAUAGUGUUUAUACUUCUAAUGAAAUUUUUGCAAUUAAACAUGAAGGC